ACACCUGCCACCUGCCACCAGCAAACGCGAAGUCGCUCGCUCUGCCCCGUCUCUCCGCAUCCCAGUCAUAAUUGCCUUCUCACAGACAGCCGAUAAUCGAUGAAUUACUGAUCAAUCACUUUCACUCCCUGAGGCACAAACAAUCUUUUGCGUAACACGUGCAUUGUCCCAAUCCGGCCUCUACCCGACCGACAUGAUGCAGCUUCUAUUCUAAUUGAUACUUCCAACGAGCCUGUCCAACUCUUCAAUCCAGCACACUGCCCUGGUUAUCGCCCUUAGCUAUGGAGUUUCCUCAAGUGAAAGCAUGGCUGCGUCUUCCUGAUGAGGAGAAUAAUCUCUCAAUCUACGACGUGAAGUUCUGCCCCUACUUGAAGCCGGAUGAGGAUCCCGUUUUCGCCGCGGUGGCAGGAAGAAAAAUCUACAUCUGCAAGCCUGUCUGCAAGUCGAGCACCUCGAAGACAUACGAUUUGGAAGCCCUGAGAGUCAUCGAAGACCCUGAUGAAAACGUCUCACUGAACAGUGUUGCAUGGUCGCUUGAUACCGACACUGACGAAUCUCUCGUCUGCGUCGCUGGGUCUGGAUCAAAGAGAAUCAGCAUCUGGAACGUGGUCACAGGGGACCUGGUUCGGCACCUUCACGGACACGGCGGCGAUGUCAAUGACUUGGUCAUCUCACCAGCAUCACCACAUGUGUUAGCCUCUUGCUCGGCAGAUUACUCGAUUAGAGUAUGGAACUUGGAUCCCAGAUAUCACAAGCAGCCCUGCGCGGCCAUCUUGUCAGGGGAAGGUCAUAGACAGGCCAUUCUCUCUAUCGAUUUCCACGAAAACGGUAGAUGGCUUUUGAGCGGCGGACAAGAUACCCUGGUUUGUUUAUGGUCCGUUCCAGAGAUAUCUGACGAGAAUGCCGGAACAGACAACCCGACGGUUGUGGUCUACCCCCAUUUCGCUAGCAGUGGAAUGCAUUCCGACUACGUAGACUGUGUCAGGUUCUGGGGCGAUCUGGUCAUGUCCAAAGCCUCCACGGGAAACAACAUCAAAGUCAAGAGAGGAGAGAUAAUCCUCUGGAAGAUUGAAGGCUUUUCAUCUGCCGACGACCACCCACCAGAUCCACCUAUGCCGGGACAAGGCCAUCUGACGCGCUCGGCUUUUGGUGGAACCUUCUUACGUCUGUUGACCUUUGAUAUGGUGGCCAUAGAACCAUUCUACAUGCGAUUCGGGCUCUUCAAACGACCAGGUCAACGUCCUAUGCUCGUUAUGGGUAACAUCCGAGCCCGGUAUUCCUUUUGGGAUCUUCAACGCUUCGAGGAACGUGCGACUGCUGGCAAAGAAUCCGCUACUGCCACCAAGGACGAGAAGAAGAAAACAUCUCUCGCUAAAAGGAUCUUGAUUAAACGGAUACGAGCCCGUGGUAACGCCACUCUAUCAAUCAAUGAAAGGGAUCAAGGGAGCAGUGAUUCAAAAGCUCAAGUCCCGAUCCGAGUGCCUGCCCCUCGUUCGGCCCCUAAACAUCCAUCUCUAGCGUUCGUGGCAAUGCGCAACUCAGCAGAACUCGCCCUCCGCAACUCCACAGACCUCUCCCUGCGCAACUCAACAAGACCCUCCACAAGAACUUCCACCAAUCCUCCCCCUACAAAACCACCGCCUCCCACUUCCGCAGCCAUGCCCGGCCCAGCUCCCAGAAAUCCAGCAAAAGGCAAAGGCAAAGCUACAGACCCGACCGCGCCUCGCACCCACGCCAUGAAGAAUUACAUCCGACACGCCGCUCAUAAGACGACGGUGGUCCAGUGUCCGGUCGAUUUCGCCUGCAGAGCUGUCGAGUGGAGUCCGGAUGGAAAAUGGUGUGUUGCGGUGGGUGAUCAUGGUAUCAUGGCUAUUUUCGGACGAUGGAUGCCAAAGUGAUGGGGAUAGAAAGGUUUCAUAUUGAUCAAGAACGAACAAGUGGUAACUACGAUGUGGUAUAGCUAGGGAUCGAGGACUAGGUCAUCGAUUAUGGUUUGGAGGAAGACGUGGCAUUAAGCUCUCGAAGUGUCCAUCUACGAACGACCUUAAUCGAUGACAACAAAA